AUAAAUCCAAGACCUUUCCCCAGGCUUCCCUCAGUCAGUGUUGAGCUGAACUGAAGUUUUUCCAGAUUCCAGAUUCCAGAUCACUCCACCAUGACUUCUCCCGUCGGAAGACUCCUGGCUUUGGCUUGUGGUCUCACUCUCCUCCUGGGUUGUGAGUUCCAAGAGCCCUACACUGCCCCAUUUGGGGCAAGUGUCACUUUAGAUUGCUAUUAUGAGCUCGAAGCAGAACCACAUACGGUAUGCUGGGGUAGAGGGGUUAUGGAGGACUGGGAGAACUGCAAAGAUGAGAUGAUCAGGACAGAUGGGAAAAUGAUGGUCAGCAGAUCCUCUGAACGUUACAACUUCGCCGGCAACAUUGCUGAGGGUGAUGCGUCAAUGACCAUCACGGAUGUCAAGGAGGAUGACUCUGGACUGUACUUCUGUGUGUCGCGCACCCAAAUAACGAGGCUGGAGCUCGAGGUCGCAGCCCCACCUCCCACCAUGGCCGCCACCCCCGCUGUCAAGAUGAUGAUGUGUAGGGAGCCUACCCCAGCUGACUUUGAGCGAGAGGCGGAGGACACCCUGGUCUGAUCCUGAUUGAGGCAUGCCAACCACUCAUCCACCGUGCUGCACCUCCCAAGAUGAAUCAUUACAAGCUGUGAUUUCUAUACUAAGAUCGUGUUCUGUUUGUUGGAGUGAUGCUGAAUGAGUGCAAAAUAAAUAUUCUUUAUUGAAUAAUAUUC